GCCGCAUAUAAUCUAUUCUAUGUGCGAUCUACCGUGAAAUAAAAAGGAAUGAGACGCACUUUUUAUUAUGUACUAUACUCUCUCUCUCUCACUCCCCCUCCCACUAUAUAUACUUUUUGUCUUUUUCCUCCCCGGACCUUCCGCCCCUUCCCCUUCAUUUUCCUUCUCUAUAGUCCCAAACGGAGAACCUAUAUACGUCCACUCUAAAUCGAAAAAAAAGAUGAUGGAAGGAGCAGUACCAAGACAACCAGCGAUAUCGCUUCAAUUCAGUGUAGUUGGCAUGACUCAUAUGUAGUACAUUGAAUAGUGACAGAUGCGGAAGCUAUUUUCCAAUGUUGCCCCGCACGCGUACAUGUCGCGAUUUACCGAGAUAUAGUAACUUUAGUGCGAAUUUUUCGCAAGAUAUAAAAACCUGCAGGAGUUUUGCACUAUCAUACUACUGUUGCUUUGCUCCUGACAGAAAAGAGAAAGCCUCACUUUCUCGGAAAUACGCCAUGUUAUUCAUACGCUCAUGCACGACAUUGUCUAACCGACAUUCGUUUCGAGUGCUCUUAUCACCAGUCACCAAACGUCAUUUGACUUUAGACACUCUUAAUCCUCGAAUAAUAACAAAAGUUCUGGACGAGUAUGUAAUUGGACAGGAAAGGGCAAAAAAGACCUUAUCGGUAGCCGUGUACAACCAUUAUACUCGAGUUCAAGCGAAUAUGGCACGAGCCCAAGCGGCACGUAAACGAGAAGAAGCAGCAGGAGGAGGAAACCGGCAACCAUCAUCCACAGUAGCAACGGGAGUCGAUGACGAUCAUCCACAUAUCUUUCAUCAUCAUGAACAAGAAGAGGAACCAUCUCCAGUUGUAAUUGGUGACCAGGAAGAGAAAGAGCAGCAGGACCUGCUCUCUUCAUCAUCAUCAGCGGCAGCAGCAGCAGCCAAUUCCAUGGCAGAAAACGAAAUGGAUACGACGUUGCUGGAAAAGAGCAAUGUGUUACUUAUUGGGCCGACAGGAUCAGGAAAAACAUUACUGGCCAAAACAUUGGCAAAUAUCCUCCAAGUUCCCUUUUCAAUGUCGGAUGCUACGUCAUUUACACAGGCUGGCUAUGUUGGUGACGAUGUUGAAUCGGUUAUAGAGCGACUGCUUCAGAGCUGCGACUAUGAUAUUGACAAAGCAGAAACGGGAAUUGUGUUUAUUGAUGAAAUUGACAAGUUGGCACGAACGGGUGGACCCGAAGGCACAAGGUCCUCUUCAAGAGAUGUCGGUGGUGAAGGCGUGCAGCAAGCUCUUUUGCGUAUGCUAGAAGGAACCACUGUCAAAGUGACCAAUAAGGGCGUGCCGACAUCAUCCAAUCUUAGUGGAGGAACGUAUAUGGGUCAACCGGUCAAUCCUCCUUCAGCUUCUUCUUCUUCUUCUUCUUCUGCUUUAAAGACAGCUCCAGGUGGUGGUCCAGGUGAUUCUUAUAACGUCGAUACGAGCAACAUUCUUUUUAUUUUGAGCGGUGCAUUUGUUGGAUUGGAAGAGCAUAUUAAGCAACGCUUGAACAAAGCUUCUAGUACAGGAUUUGGUGAAGGCAUUAUCACUACUACUACUGCAUAUAAAACAACGUUGGAUCAUGUUGAACCCCACGAUAUCAUGAAAUUUGGGUUCCUGCCUGAAUUUGUAGGAAGAUUACCCGUUGUUGCCAGUGUCAAUCAAUUGUCCGAAGAUGACCUUGUGCGGGUACUGACAGAGCCCAAGAACGCUUUGGUAAAGCAGUAUCAGGACCUCUUCCAUUUGUAUCAGGCGGAAAUCCGGUUUACAAACCAAGCAUUAUCCAUCAUCGCUCGACAUGCUGUGCAAAAGCAAACUGGUGCUCGCGGUCUACGACGCAUCAUGGAAAACCUUCUACUCGAUGCUAUGUAUGACACACCAGGAUCCAGCAUUCGGCAUAUUCUCGUUAACGAAGAUGCUGUCUCGGAAAAAGGAAAGCCACUCUAUUAUCCAAGAGGGCAAUGGUCGUUUAUGGAGUACAAGCUAGAGCAAGAAAACAAUGGGAACGAAAAUACGCGGAAGAUUAUUUCACGCGAAUAAAUAUUACCACGUGUGCAUGGCUGUUGUAGCUACAUUAAAGAAAUCUUUUACAGUCGGUGUUGAUAUUGCAAACGACAACGACAAGAGGACAAUGAGCAUGUCCCUUUGUCUCUUGUUGCAAUUGUUACUCUAAAAACAACUACAGUGUAGAAGCGACAAACAUGUGUACUAGACCACACCAUACAGUUAUGAUGGGUGGCCAGUAGGGUUGAUCAGUAAGCAGCAAAAGUCAGAUGAC